AUGUUUCAAUUUUACUACUCCGAUCCGAUUUGUGAUCUACCAUGUAUUUUUUUAAUGGAGUCACUCAUGUAUUCAGGUAACAAAUGGCUUAUAUAUACACAAGCUGAAGAUUUACUCAUGCAAAUCAUAAGCAACUUCACAUUUUCGGUGGAUGCAUUUUUCUUUAUGAGUGGUUUUCUGUUGUCAUAUACAUUUCUGAAAGAACGACGAAAAUAUCAGAAAAUCCCGCCUAUAGCAAAAAGGAUGAACGAACUUUUUCAAAAGAUUGUCAAACGAUAUAUAAGGCUUACUCCUGCAUAUUUCGUCGUUAUAUUGAUAGCCAUAUUGACUUUCACUUGGCAUGAUAAUGUCUCAGCACUUCUUCCCGUUGAGCAUCCAAAUGCUAAGUGUUCCAAAUAUUGGUGGACUAAUAUACUUUACAUCAACAACUUCUAUAGAUGGGAUGAGCUAUGUCUCACAUGGAGUUGGUACUUGCCCAAUGAUAUGCAGUUCUUCGUAUUUGGCAGUUUUCUCCUAACUUUAUCGAUGACGCAUUACAAUAUUGCCGUGGGUAUAGGCGUUGUUACGCUAGUUUCAUCGAUAGGAUCAGUAGUUUACACGGGCUACACUCUUAAUUACCAUCCUACAUUUGACGAACAAUAUAAGACGCUGACAUACUUUUAUAUACGACCGUGGUGUAGAAUACCGCCAUAUCUCAUAGGAAUGGCCACAUGUCACCUUCUUACGAAAUGCAAUUACAAAUUACGGUUAUCAAAACAAAGCUUAUUCUUUGGUUGGACCAUGGCAAUUUUAUGUAAUUGUUCGAUUCUCUUCGGACUCAAGAACAGGAACAUAUCCUUAGGUCUCUCCGUUCUUUAUUUGGCCCUCAGUAGAACAGGCUGGGCAUUAGGCAUUGCCUGGCUCGUAGUUGUAUGCACUACGAAUAAUGGCGGUAUCGUGAACAAAAUCUUAUCGCUAGAUAUUUUCGUUAUUUUGGGUAAAUUAACGUAUGGUGCUUAUCUCAUAAAUUGUAUUAUUACUCUUUCGUUAUAUGCGUUAGAUAAUUAUUCUUACUUCAUGGAUUACACCAAUUUUGUAAGUAUGAUAAGAGCUAUAUUGCCAUUUCAGUGA